GCGGUGCGGAACCGAGCGCAGCACCGAGCAGGGAGGGAGUCUUUGGAAGGGUAGAGGGCGAUGACCACGCCGGCGGGCUCCGGCGCAGGCUUCGGCUCCGUAUCCUGGUGGGGCCUGUCCCCGGCGCUGGACCUGCAGGCUGAGAGUCCUCCUGUGGACUCAGACUUGCGGGACAAUACCGAGCCCAGGACCCCCGAGUUAGAUGUACUGCUCGUGGGCUCCGUGGAUGGGCGGCACCUGCUUCGGACCCUGGCCCGGGCGGCGCUGUGGCCUCGCAGGAGGUUACACUUCUAUGUGCUAGAGAAUAAUCUGGAAGCUGUGGCCCGACACAUGCUGAUCUUCAGCCUAGCGUUAGAGGAACCUGAGAAGAUGGGGUUGCAAGAGAGAAGCGAGACCUUCCUGGAGGUGUGGGGGAACGCGCUGCUGCGCCCCCAGGUGGCCGCCUUCGUGCGCGCGCAAGCCGCCCGCCUGGCGCACUUGGUCCCGGAGCCCGACCGCCUGGAGGAGCAGCUGCCCUGGAUCAGCCUAGGCGCCCUCAAGUUCCGUGAGCGCGAUGCCCUGGAGGCUGUGUUCCGCUUCUGGGCGGGCGGGGAGAAGGAGCCCGAGGCCUUCCCCAUGAGUCGCUUCUGGGACUCCAGGCUGCGUCACUACCUGGGCUCCCGUUACGACGCCCGGCACGGUGUCAGCGACUGGGACUUGCACAUGAAGCUGCACGAUCGCGGGGCCCGAGUCAUCCACACUCGCGAGUUCCGGCGUUGGAGGGACACAGGUGUCGCCUUUGAACUCAGAGACUCCAGCGCCUAUCAUGUGCCAAACCGGACCCUUGCGUCGGGUCGCUUCCUGAGCCAUCACGGGGAGCGUAUCGCAGCGCGCGGUUACUGGGGGGACAUCGCCACGGGGCCAUUCGUGGCCUUUGGCAUCGAAACAGACGAUGAGAGCCUCCUGCGGACCAGCAACGGACAGCCGGUCAAGACUGCUGGGGAGAUCACUCAGCACAACGUGACGGAGCUAUUCCGAGAGAUGGCCGCCUGGGGGCGCCCGAGAAACACCCAGGGAAACCCGGAGCAGAUGUGCCACGGCGAGGAUCGCGGGGAUCGCGAUCGCGGGGAUCGCGAGGAUGGCCAGGGUGCAAGCCCAGAGCGAACUGCCUCUGCCCCGGGAUUCUUCACUGUGCGCUUCCUGCCUCUCGGCUCUGCAGAAACCCUUCACCACAAGAGCUGCUACAAGGGACGGUUCCAGCUACUCUAUGUGGCCUGUGGGAUGGUGCAUCUUCUCAGCCCCGAUCUCGGGGCCUGUGUGGCCCCCGGAGGACGCUUGGUGGUGGAAUUGGCCCGGUACCUGGUGGACUUGAGGCAGGAGCAGUUGCAGGGCUUUGCUGCCCGGGUUGGAGAGUUAGCUCAGGCCGCUGGAUUCACGCCCCCACCCCAGGCCAGGCCCUCCGAGACCUUUGCCCGCUUCUGCAAAGCCUUAGACUCUGCUGGCCAGCACACUGACUCAGCUUCGGAAUCCAUGACUCCGCCCCCUGACACCCUGGCUCUGGCCCUUGAGAACCAGAGUCAGCCUCUCAAAGGCGGGACCCCACCCUCUUAGCCCCUCAAACUGCGCUCAGAACCCCUCAAACUCCAGCUCCACUCCCCAAGGUUCUGGCUCCACCCACAGAGAGUCUGACCCCAUUCCCAGAUAUCCAGUCCCCCAUCUCUGACCUCUAAGGUCAGGUCCUGGAAGUAGAGCUUGCCUCUAGAAUAUUCACUCAGGUAUACUCUCAAUAUUCUCCAACAGCUCCAGCGGUGUCCCUAGAAUUUCAGAUUACCUUCCUGGGAUUCUAUAUUCUGUUCCUAGAAUUCUAGAGUGUUCUUUCAGGGUUCCACAUUCCAUUCUUGAGACUCUAGAGAUCCGGCCCUGAGUCUCAGGCCCUCUAUGUGGUUUUCUUGUCCUCAGAGGUCCUAUUUUACCUGGGGGUUGGGGGAAUCUGCUUUCCAGGGCCGGUCCACACCCACAUAGUCCAGAUAAAAAGAGUGGUGUCCUCUUCUUCAUGUGCCCUUGUGUCUUUGUCUUCACUCUUGUCUCCAGGGCUGGGACAGGGAAGGGGCUAGGGUGGUUAAGAGAGGAGACCUAGUUCCAAGUGGAUUUCUCUGGGCUGUUAUUGCCUGAGAGUCUGGACCAUACCUAGAUCGUCACAUAAAUCAACAAAAUUUAUUGAGUGGCUAACAGGAUUGGGACACAGAAACUGAUCAUAGCUCUCAUGGAGAUCACUGUUUAGUGUGGGGAUGAGCCCCAGACUUCUGAGUCUGAAGAACCAAGGAGCUGGGGGCCUGAACUCCUGCAUCUGAGGGAGGAAGGGCUGGGGGCCUGAACUCCUGUGUCUGCUGGAGGAGGGGAAUGGGGGCCUGAACCCCUGGGUCUGAGGGAGGAGGGGCUGGGUUCCAGGCCUCCAAGGUGGAAGGGUGAUCCAGCUGGAGCACGGCCCACCCCACCCCUCACGCGCCCCGGUUAUCUCACAUCCUGGGCAGGGGGAGGAGGUGGCAGCAGUAUAUUUAGUCUCAGUCCACGCCCCUUAUCUCAGUGUCCUCAGUGAAGCUUGAGCAGUGCAGACAGACUGAAGCUCUGGGGUCCUUCAAGGUCAUCCCGGAUGCCCCCUCACUGACCUUCCAAUCGCCCCUUGCCCUCCUCUGCCUCCUGCAAGCCUUGGCCUGAGUCUGCACAUGGCGGAUGAGCGGGGUGCCCGCCCCCCGCUCCGGCCCCGAUCCGACGCCAGUCUUCCGCCAACUACCGCGCGUACGCCACGGAGCCGCACGCCAAG